UAAAAUAAUUCAAGAUAGAUAAAUGAGAGAGAGAAGAGUUGUUGGUGGUGGAUGACGGUGCAACGCGUUCCUUUCUUUUUUUGUCAAACUUCUCGAACCUUCCAUCGUUGAAACUCGCCGGAACGGAAAUUCGAUCUCCGAUCGUCGGAAUCAAGACGUAGUUAUUCGUUCUAGAUUCGAUCGCCGGUGGCGUUUUGCGUUUAUCGGCGAUGGAGAAAAUGAACGGAACUGAAAACAAUGGAGUGUUUAACAGCACGGAGAUGGAGUACAUCAGAAGACAUCACAAUCAACAGCCAGGAGAGAAUCAGUGUUCUUCUGCACUUGUUAAGCAUAUCAGAGCUCCUGUUCCUCUUGUAUGGUCUUUGGUGAGGAGGUUUGAUCAGCCGCAGAAAUAUAAACCAUUCGUGAGCAGGUGUGUGGUGAGGGGAAACCUUGAGAUUGGGAGUUUAAGAGAAGUUGAUGUUAAGUCAGGGCUUCCGGCUACAACUAGUACUGAAAGAUUGGAGGUCCUUGAUGACAAUGAGCAUAUUCUAAGCAUCAGGAUUAUUGGUGGUGAUCAUAGGCUUAGGAACUACUCAUCUAUCAUGUCCCUCCAUCCAGAAAUUAUUGAUGGAAGACCAGGAACCCUGGUAAUUGAAUCUUUUGUGGUAGAUGUACCAGAGGGGAAUACCAAGGAUGAGACCUGCUACUUCGUUGAAGCCUUAAUUAAGUGCAAUCUCAAAUCACUUUCAGAUGUCUCAGAAGGACAUGCUGUGCAGGACCUCACUGAACCACUUGAUCGGAUGCAUGAGUUGUUGAUAAGUGGCUGAAAACUUUCUGCCACGGAUGAAGCUUCAGGGGCUUUCCGAUCUUGGAGGCUUAGGAGACGGACUGGCAAGUGGAAAUAGUGUCUGUUUCAUAUGUUAUAGACUUGUAGCAUUUGCUUAUUUGGUCUGCUUUAUUAAUUUCUCUGUUAUAUAUGCUGGUUUCUCUCUUUGGUAGUGUUAAAGAACAGAAUAUUUUAGACAGGUGUCUGAAUCCAGUACAGUAAAAGGUGAAGAAGGAGCAUUUGCUUCAGUGUGAUCUUCAUGUCAUGUUCUUUCUGUAUAUAGGUGCUGGUGAAAGUUGGUCUGUAAAAUUGUUUUGAUUAGUUGCAGUAAAAUUCCAUCAUUUAGCUGAGGAUACUUAUAUAUAAACAGAUCUCAGACUUCUUUGUUUCAUUAUCUAGCAGCAUUAUUAUAA